AACAACAUCAAACAAAAAAGCAACUUCAAACAGAAAGGUAAAUUGGUAAACAUGAAGCGGUAUAUUGUAAUAUUGAUGAUCGGCUUGGCAAACUGUGUGCUGUACUGUAUGAGGUUGAAUCUGAACAUUGCCAUCACAGAAAUGGUACGCAAAGAGAACACGACAGAAAUAACUAAUUAUAAUUCUAAUAGCAGUGAGGUGGAUCAACGAAGCAGCAUACCGACAUUUGAGUGGGACGAACUUAGACAGCAAAGGAUACUCGGAGCUUUCUAUUAUGGUUAUGCUGUCAUGCCGAUACCAGGAGGUUGGUUGGCCAGAAAGAAAGGCGGAAAGCGUGUGAUGGUAUUUGCAGUGCUUUGGACAAGUUUACUUACAGCCUUGAUACCAUGGGCAGCGGGAGUCAGUUCUGGACUACUAAUAGUUCUACGUAUUUUAGACGGCUUAGGACAGGGAUCAUUACUCCCAGCAAGCUACGUUAUAUUCGGAAAAUGGACUGUUCCGGACGAGCGCAGUUCAAUGAUAUCAAUUUCGUUUAGUGGAAUGACUCUUGGUGUUAUAAUUUCUAGUUACGUGUCUGGAUGGAUUUCUUCUGCUUAUGAAUUCGGUGGAUGGCCAAUGUCAUUUUAUAUAUACAUUUGCUUUGGAUUGGAGCUGUGUCCUUGUAGUUUAAUUGGAGCUCUUCUUGUAUUUUGCGUAAAUUAA